UAAAGCUGGGCAGUCAGUGUAUACACGGUUUAGAACAGAUCAGUGGGUUUGUGUGGGUGCGUGUGUGUGCUAGAUUGUCUGUAGCAGUGCAGGCGGGGUCACAGAGGAGCCAUUGAUCAAACGUGCACUUUCAAACACACACAGACACAAAGCUGCUCAAUGAGGACCACCCGGAGCUCUGUCCUCUGCCGCCUCCUCCCCGCGCCCCUCUCUCUGGCCUUGCACAGCCUGGUCCUGAUGUUGCUCUGCAUCGCCCCGCGUUGCCAGGCGGUGCAGACGGAGAAUGUGACGGUGCUGGAGGGAGGCACGGCCCACAUCUCCUGCCGCCUCCACAACUAUGAUGGAUCCAUCGUGGUCAUCCAGAACCCUCGCCGCCAGACCCUGUUCUUCAACGGCACGCGCGCUCUGAAGGAUGACCGUUUCCAGAUGGUGCAUUUCACGCCGCGCCUGGUGCUCAUCACAUUAUCCAACGUUAGCGUGUCGGAUGAGGGCGGCUACUCCUGCCAGCUCUACACCAAUGCCACACACCAUCAGGUGGCCAUGCUGUCUGUGUUGGUGCCCCCCGAAACGCCCACAGUCGAGGUGAAGAAGGAUGCUGUGGAAGGCGGUGAGGUGGAACUGACUUGUGUGUCAAUGCGGAGCAAGCCAGCCGCCACCCUGCGUUGGGUCCGAAACGGCCGAGAGAUACCAGGUGUGAUGUCCCAGCAGGACAACCUGAAGAUAUUCAGUGUUUCCAGCACCAUCCGGAUCCCCGUGGAAAGGAAAGACAACGGAGCGGCGCUGAGCUGUGAAGCAUCCCACCCUGCUCUCAGUGGCCAGAAGAAGAUCCGACACUACCGCUUGGAUGUGUAUUUUGCGCCGACAGUGAAAAUUGUUCCGCCUUCCGGUAUUUUGCGAGAAGGCGACUCACUUAGCCUCACCUGCUCCGUCACUGGGAACCCGUUGCCAAGGAAUAUUCAGUGGUCCAAGAUUAAUGACACCUUACCAGAGAGGGCAGAGAUUUCUGGCCCCACUUUCCAGAUUUCCCGUCUCAGCCAGUCACACAACGGGACAUACUUAUGCCAGGCCCAGAACAAUUACGGCCGUGCCGCUGAUCACUACACCCUACUGGUCUAUGAUAAUGUGUCAGUCACAACCACUGUCUCUCCCACUCCUACCGUCAGUUACGUCACCUCCCAUCCCGCCAUCCCAACCCUCAUAACACACAGCUUGGCCCAGGUCCCUGAAGAUCCCGGUGCAGUGGUAGAGACCCACAGCGCAGUACCAUAUGCUGUGAUAGGUGGCGUUCUGGCACUGCUGGUCUUCACUGUCAUCUGCGUCCUCAUUAUCACCAUCUGGUGCUCCGUCCGACAGAAAGGUUCCUAUCUUACCCAUGAGGCUAGUGGGUUGGAUGAACAUGGUGAGGUCCAGGAGGCCUUCCUCAGGAAUGACGCCAGCCAGGGCAAGAAGGAGUACCUACUGUAAUAGCCCUGUUCCUUUUCCCCAAUCCCCUUCACAUCUGACCUCAUCCCCUCCCUUCCAUCCUUUCCUUGUCUCCUACUUAUAUAACAGGUAUAAACACAAACACACACACUUGUACAUACACUGAGCUGCAAGAGGCAGCCUUUUGGAGAACAAGUGUAUACAGACACUGCACAUAGCCAAUCCAUACUGCUCUGUGCCACGCCGUACCCGCCGUACACAAACACGCCCACAGGCAGGCUGAGAAAAAGGAGCGCCUAUAGACCCACUAGCCAUUAACAACUCUGCCAUGUAGUCUGAGUCAGAGAAAAUAAGGGAAUUGGGUGAAGCGAGCGAGCGGAAGCAGAGGGUAGACAAAGAGAAAUGAUGCCAUAAUUAUUUUCGAAAAUAGGGAAGCGGCGAGCCCAAAGAAAUUGACACCCUUCCCUAUAAGUGAAAAGUAGAAGGUGAAUUAGAGACGGAUACUGCUAUAAUUCUACCCCUCUAGAAGCCAUUGAUUUCAUAAACCUCAGUCUUUAAAAGUGCCGGCAGUGGCAGGUGGGGGGCUGAGAAGGAGCUACUGAGCAGGCAACACAAGAACAUUAAAAUUCUUAAAACUGCUAAGCAUCUUGCCUGCAGAAUGCAAUUGAUAUAUAAUUCCUGAAGACCACUUAGUGUUGAUUCUUGGAAACGAUGCCAUACUUUGGUUUUCCAAUUCCCUGCGGCUGGCUGGGAAUAAUAUAAGCAUAAGUAGGGUAUUACUCAGUCCCCCCACCCCACUGACACAUUGAGAAAAAGGUAUUUUCUCCUUUUAUUUUCUACUGCUCACCUGCUUCCAUCCUCUCUCCAUUCUCCCUCGUACCGUUUUCUCCCCGUCGGUCACCCCAUAUCGCGCCUCCUUUGUUGCUCCUAUAAUGAAAGGAUUAGUAGUGUGGGCUGCUUUCCCAAUGAAGAAGAAAGGAAUAUGUCUUGCUAAGGCAUUAAAGAAAGCUAAUUAUUUUAGAAUGUCAUUAAGAGGAUAAACGGCUUUUAAAAAGUUUGAACAAGAAGGACGAGUUGUGCGAUAGCGAAUGGAUUGAACAUGAACGGGAUGGUAUUUUCUGAACGCUUACCACACGAACGCAGACACGUGCACACACUCACGAACACAGAACAAGUAUACAUAUCUCUGAAUUGCUUAUUGUAUAAAAAAGAAUAGAAGCAUAAAUUAAAUAAAAACUUUUAAGAUGAAAAAAAAAACAGUUUACACAUUAUGAAACUAUACUAACACAGAAUAUUAGCCUUUAGAGGUGCAAAGCCGAACAAACUACUGUCCAGUGAUCUUUAAAGAAAACA